CAAAACUGCACAGUCACGUGUGAGUGUGUCAUGUGAUUAAUUAAUUGUGAAUCAAACACAGCUCUAGUCUGUCCUUUGUACUCUGAAUGUUUGUGCAGCCUAUGCAUACGACAUAUAUUAACGAGGUGACUCUUUGCUCUGAACCUACCAGGUUGUAAGAAGAGUAUGCUGCAUAGUGCUGUUUUUUAAAUACUGAACUCCUUCUGCCUGUCUUUCAGUCCUCUGCUAAUAAUGAUGCUGCAGCUCAGGAUCCUGGUCCUGGCUCUGCUGGGCCUGAGCUCUGCGCUGGUCUGUCCGGAUGGAGGCAUGUGUGAAGACAACGACACCUGCUGCAUGAACGUUGUGGGCGGAUACGGGUGCUGUGCACUACCACACGCUGAGUGUUGUUCAGACCACCUCCACUGCUGCUUUGAGGCGACUGUUUGUGAUCUGGUUCACUCCAAGUGUGUUAAUAAGACAGUUUCUCUGCCCUGGAUGAGACGACUUCCUGCCAAACAAGCCCUACUCGUCCCUCGGGUAGAUGUAACAAAGAUCGAGGAGGGGGUGAAAGCCAUCACUUGUCCGGACGAGGUGUCUGAAUGUCCCGAUGACACCACGUGCUGCCAGCUUCUCGACGACUCCUGGGGCUGCUGUCCGUUAGCUAAGGCGGUGUGUUGUGAGGAUAAACGCCACUGUUGCCCUGAGAACACAAAGUGUGAUAUUGCUCACUCAAAGUGUCAGUCUUCCUCACUGGAGUCCUUCCCCAUGCUGGAGAAACUGCCCGCCAGGAGGAGGAAGAAUAAUCCAGCUCCUGUGGCCGAUGCAGUGACAUGUCCUGGUGGAAAAAGCAGCUGCCCAGAAAGUUAUACGUGUUGCCAGCUUCCCUCCGGAGACUACGGCUGCUGCCCCUACCCACAGGCGAGUUGCUGCAGCGAUCAUCUCCACUGUUGCCCUAGCAACACAAUAUGUGACCUGGAGCAUGGGGUCUGCCAGUCUGGUGAGACGAGCGUUCCCAUGCUGAAGAAGAUUGCUGCUGUACCUAAUGACGUUCCAUGUGAAGACCAGAUGUUGUCUUGUCCUGACCAGACCACAUGCUGCAUGGUGUCCAACGGCACAUAUGGCUGCUGUCCUAUGCCUGAUGCUGUCUGCUGCACAGAUCACAUCCACUGUUGUCCUGAAGGCACUGCCUGUGACCUGGUCCACAGCGCCUGUGUGGAGGCCCGGGGAGAGAGCACCCUGUCCCUGAAGAUCACCGCUGCAGGGACACCGCUGGUGGAAGUCCAGAGCAAAGUCGGUGCUGUUCCCUGCAACAGCUCUGUGGCCUGCGCUGAGGGGUCCACCUGCUGCAAAUUGUCAGAGGGAGGAUGGGCCUGUUGUCCGUUACCUAAGGCCACGUGCUGUGAGGACCACCUGCACUGCUGUCCCCACGGCACCGUCUGUAACCUGGCAACCUCCACGUGUGACGACCCGUCGGGGGGCACCCUGAUGCCCUGGCUCAGCAAACUGCCCGUCUUCCCCUUAGUGAGCGACAACAGCAAAUGUGACAAGUCCACAUCAUGUCCUGGAAAAUCCACCUGCUGCAAGACGGAGGCUGGAGGCUGGGCCUGCUGCCCGCUGACGGAGGCCACGUGCUGUGAGGACCACCUCCACUGCUGCCCUCAAGGCACAGUCUGCAACCUGGAGGCUGAAACCUGCGACGACCCUGCGGGGGCCACACCCCCCCUCCGCUGGGUGGAGAGGGUCCUGGCUCUGACCUCUGAGGUGGAGGCGGAGAAAUGUGACAAGCAGACCAUGUGUCCAGGAGGCACCACCUGCUGUAAGAACUACUCUGGGCAGUGGGCCUGCUGCCCCUUACCUCAGGCCGUGUGCUGUAACGAUCAUGAGCACUGCUGCCCUAAAGGCUACAAAUGUAACGUGGCAGAGCAGACGUGUGAUAAGCCCGGCGCCCUCAGCCUGCCCUGGCUGCAGAAGACCCCCGCCCUGCAGAGGGAGCCCAGCCGGGCCGUUUCCGGUUCAUCUCCGUCCGCCAGGAACAUGUGUGACGCUCAGACCAGCUGCCCCAAAGACACCACCUGCUGCUUCAUGGACCGAACACACAAGUGGGGCUGCUGCCCUCUGCCGCAGGCGGUGUGCUGUAAGGAUGGAAACCACUGCUGCCCCGGCGGUCACACCUGUGAACCGCACCGCUCCUCCUGCUCCAAGGGACCCAGUGUUGCUAUUCCCUGGUUCACCAAACUGAGCUCCCAGACCGAGCUGAGCGCAGUUACAGACGUUAAAUGUGACGACAAGAGUAGCUGCGCCUCAGGGACCACCUGCUGCCAGCUGCAGACCGGAGAGUGGGGCUGCUGCCCGCUCGUCAAGGCGGUUUGCUGUGCGGACCAGGAGCACUGCUGUCCUCAGGGCUACUCCUGCAAAAUGCAGACUGGAACAUGUGAGAAGAAGAACCACAACGUGCUCAUCCUCACCCUCCCUCAGAGCAAAGUGGUACAGUCCGAGCCCAGACACCCAGAGGACGACGCAAACGUACCAUGUGACAGCACGGGGGAGUUCCACUGCCCAAAGCAGGACACGUGCUGUAAAGUGUCCAACUCAGCGUGGGCCUGCUGCCCCUCAGCCAGGGCGGAGUGCUGCGCUGACUCCAAGCACUGCUGUCCUGCGGGCUUCUUGUGUGACCUGAAGGAUGGAGGCUGCGUCCCCCACACCCAGCUGACCUGGGACUUUUUGAUCGGGAACAGAAAGAAAGACUUUAUCCCACAUGGACUUUAAUGCCACACAAAGGUGCACUGAUCUUCUUCAUAACAUCCUGCUCAUGCUGUCAUGGGCAACACUUCCUGUUUUCUUAUUCAAUGAGGUGUAUUUAUUACCAACUGUGUGCACUCCCAGGUUUUUUUUUUUUGAGUGGGUGUGGAAUUUUAAAAUGAAGUAGAAGCACUUUGCUACGGAGCUCAACAGGUGACAUGACAGCCUCUCAUUCAUGUUUUCUAUGUCUGUCUAUGUUUCAUAGUUUCAACUUAGAGUGAAAAACAGUGAGGGGGAGUCCUUUUAAUGUUUUUCACCAGGCAGAAAACACUCACUUUCUGGAAUUCAACAUUUUAAUGUGACUAUAACAACGAGCAACGUGAGGAUUUACUGUCUCUUUUAAGGAUAAUGUUGCUGUUAUUCUGUAUUUAUCUUAUUGUCAGCAAAUCCCAUGCAAAGAUCAAAAACAACAACAUGUUAAUCCGUCUCAAUUGAUUUCUACUGAAAGGGAUUCAGAAGAUUUAAAAAAUGGUAGAUAGAUAAAGUUGGACAGGCUGUUUUCAUUUGACUGUUUGAAACUUACCUUUUUAAAUUCUGAUUCAGCUGUGUUUCCACACAUAAACAAGCCUUGAUUUUGUUUAGAAAAUGUCGAGCUAGUGAAAACAUGCUACUUUCUUUAUUUAGUUUGUUUCAUUGGGCUUUUGUGCUAACUAAAUAAAAUACAGAUGGAUAAAGGUUA